CCUAAUUGGCUUGCUGUCUAGGCCUAGGCUCGAUCAUUCUUCACAUGAUUGAUUGUCAGACCUCUUGAAUCUCCCCCAGCUGCACCUCUGCAUCAUCCAUUUCUGGGGGCCCGACCAAAUCUUGCAUGCACUCUUGCCGUCGCUCCGAACAUCUCGGACCUCUGCGACAAUCACCUGCUUGGUCUUGACUUGCUGAUCCUUGCACGUGCCUCUGUUGACGUGCUGUCUGGUGCACACCGUCUAUUACUGUGUGUUGCUUUCUUAUCGGUUCUGCCAGCGUUCUUAUGCAGGCUCCUCCCCCACUGGAGACUUUCUGUAUCAUCUGAUGCGCCGACAAGCCUUCUCCUUCGCAUCAUCUGGCCGGAGCACUGCUUCGCUGUCGCCAGCCCUUCCUACGUCCACGACGCCUAGGUAGAAACCUUGAUUCGACGGAACGACAAGGACGAAGAUUCCAUGGUGGAAUAGUUGCAGAUCCGAAAUGUCGCCCAACGGUACACCUCAGAAGAGUCCCACGCUCAGACCGGCGCCAGACGGACGAUCCGAGUCUACUACGACGUCGAUUGCGCAGGAUCCUAUACGUAGAGACUAUGGCACUCUCAACAGUUUUCCUACUUCAAGCGCCCACCGACCACGCAGCUCCUACCGACACGAUGAUGUAUCAGAUAUGCCACCUCUCUCACCCCAGAUCUCCAGACCGAGAAAGCCUCCUACAUUACGAAGAACGUCAACUCGUACAGGCAAACCAUUACCACAUCGCGGCGAACAAUUCUCAGUAGACGAUGAUGUAUCCGAGGUGGAAGGAGACACUAUACAGACUAUACCCCCUCUACCUCGUCAGCAGUCGACCGUACGUCGAAGGACUCAUGCUGCCGUGCCACUUGCGCGUGUGGAUUCAGCAGGAGAAGAGGAGGAGGCAGAAGAGGCGGCAGAAGAAGCCUCUGCCGAACCGCCCUUGGAAGACGGUGUUGAUGAGGGAGCAGAUGGUGACUUGGAGGAUGACGACGAUGAAGACGUGAGCGAUGCUGAAAGUUUCACCUUAAGAGAUCGGCAGCUGGCAAUCAAUCAAACACACCCUUUUGGUAUCAGGAUAUGGAAGCCCGCCCUAUACAAGAAGAACAGAUCCGUGGAGAAAGGAGCGGAAGAAGACAUUCACUCUUCGCCCAGCCAGAUUGUAAGCAGCUGGCUAUGGACCUUCAACUGCCUGUGGACCAUCUUCUUUGGGUGGUGGUUGGCUAUUGCAGCUGCUAUCGGUGGCGUUGUUUGCUUCAUCUUUGCCUGGGACCCUAGUGCGGCCGCGUAUGGCAGAGUAUUCUUCGGGCUUUCCAAUUACCUCUUUUGGCCGUUUGGGAAAUUCGUCAAGCUCGAGCAAGACGAGAACUACGCGGAAGAAGAUGAGGGUGAGGGUCGAAGUAUUGGCGAGUACGAACGGUGGCAGAGUGGAGAUCUGGAGUACGGUCGACUGAUGUUUGGUCCAACGGUCACCCAUACCGGUUCCAUUGUAGGUCGCCAUCGAAACAGCAUCGAUUCAGCCAGCGAAACCGACAGCCUGCUGGCUCGAAGUGGAAGGAUGGAAAGACCAGACACAAACGUCUCGCACAAAUCGAACAAAAGACGACUUUUCGGGCGUGGUGAAUGGACUUUGGGCAGAGUCAUCUUUUUCAUCUUCUUCUACUUCAACCUCGCUCCAUUGAUACUUCUGGUUUCAGUGGCCUGCUGGUUGAUGGUCUUCUGGAUUCCUAUGGGUCGAGUCACUCUCAUUUUGUUCUAUCACCUUCGGAAACGACCUCUAGCGCUCACUUUUCAUCGGGAUGCUUCGACAGCUAGGCACUCGACGAACCCAUCAUCGAUUCUCUUGUGCACCUAUCGGGCUGUCGGUACGAAAUAUUGGAAGUACACAAUUGAUGGAACCAACAUCUUUCUCAUCAACUUCCUCGCCGUUGUGGUAUUUGUCAUUUUGGACUACUUUGUGCUGAAGAUCGGCUUGCAGCUCAACAUUUGGCUCACAAGUCCGGCACUGAUGUUCACACUAGCACUUCUUUCGAUCGUCCCGCUGGCUUACUUCAUUGGACAGGCCGUGGCCUCGAUCUCGGCCCAAUCAUCCAUGGGCAUGGGAGCCGCAAUCAAUGCAUUUUUCUCUACUAUUGUCGAAGUCUACCUCUACUGCAUUGCCCUCAAUGAAGGAAAGGGUGCUCUGGUAGAAGGAAGCAUCAUUGGCAGUAUCUUCGCUGGUGUCUUGCUCUUACCGGGUCUCUCAAUGUGCUUCGGAGCCAUCAAACGCAAAACGCAACGGUUCAAUGUCAAGUCGGCUGGUGCCACAUCGACCAUGCUGUUGUUUGCCACCAUCGCAGCAUUUGGACCUACCCUAUUCUACAAAAUCUACGGAAGCCAUGAGUUGAUUUGCAGGACAUGCACGUCUGGUGACCUCGACAGCCCCAGAGAUUGCAGGCAGUGCUAUUUUCGGCAGCUCCCAGCAAUCAGCGAUGAGUUCUUUGUGAAAGCUGUGCGACCCUACUGUUGGUUUGCGGCCGUGCUGCUCUUUUCUUCGUACAUCAUCGGGCUCCUGUUCACCCUGCGAACGCAUGCCGCCAUUAUUUGGAGUACCGAUGUCGACGAGAAGAAACCUCAGCAACCUAACACAGCAGAUGUGAGUCCCAUGGAUACUCGACAUCAUAGUGUUAACAACUCGCAACACUUGCACAAUCCAAAUGGCUAUAUUCCACGAUCGGCCAUAAGAGACUCACAAUUGUACAAACGGAUCUUGGGCCAAUCUCUCAGGUCAGCUGGGCUGCCUGCCGAUGGUGAUGCUACGAGCGAGCGAGAACAUUCUGGUGCGCACAAGAGUUUGUCGCAAACUCACAUCAUUGAUCAUGCCGUUGAUCAUCCAAACAAAAACGAUUUGCCGCAUGUUGUACCACCCAAGUCAAGUCACGGUUCGGAGCUUGUCAAAAGUCCUUCCAUGCUCCCCUCUAUGCUCCCCAUUGUUCCAGGCCUGUCCGAGGAAGACAACAAUAACCUCGUGCGACAAGUGGCGGAAAUGGCGGCGACCGCUGCAACCGUUGCGGCCAGAGAUGCAGUCAACCACCCUCGGACUGCAUCCUAUCAAUCGACACAUGUCUACAAAGCCGACUCUGUAAAGUCUCACCGACCCUCAGGAGCUCUCCGUCACAACGCUGCGACGGAGCAAGACGCGUAUGCGAAUCCUGCAGUUGAACAAGCUGUUCAUCCUGGCGGUGAGGGAGGCGGGCAAGGCGGCCAUGACGCGCCGAAUUGGUCACGCACCAAAUCGGCCGUCAUUCUUCUGACGGCGACAGUGGCCUAUGCUAUCGUUGCGGAAAUCCUGGUCGGAACCGUGGAUGUGGUCCUGGACUCGGUCGAUAUUGACGAAAAGUUUCUCGGCCUGACCUUGUUCGCCCUUGUGCCGAGUACCACCGAGUUUCUGAAUGCCAUCUCCUUCGCGAUGAACGGGAACAUUGCUUUGAGCAUGGAAAUUGGUUCGGCUUAUGCAUUGCAGGUCUGUCUGCUACAAAUCCCAGCCUUGGUGCUCUUCUCAGCAGUGCAUGGACGAUUUAUUGAUCCCUCUGACUUGAUCGACCAUACUUUCAACCUGAUAUUCCCACAAUGGGAUAUGACGACGGUGAUCCUCUGCGUUUUCUUGCUCAGCUAUAUGUCUGGAGAAGGCAAGAGCAAUUAUUUCAAGGGAAGUAUCUUGGUCAUGACCUAUCUUGUGGUGGUGAUGGGAUUUUACUUCAGUGGAUUUACCUCGUUUACUAUCAUGGGCGCGGAUUCCACCGAUACAUUGGCUAUUGGGAAUACUAUCAGGAAUACUAUUCGGUCGGAGUUGUGAACGGGGUAGUUUGGGACUGGCAUUGAGCGAAGGCGUUUGUUUAUGAUUUGGUUUCUUUCGUGGCGAAGCAGGGGUAUAACUAUACGGAUAUAUAUGCGCCCGGAUGCCUGUAUAGAACAUUGGUAUAAUUUCUCUCCACAUCAAAACAACAUAUCAAUCCA